CUGUGGCUGUGGUGGUGGCGGCGGUAGUGGCGGUGGCGGCGGCGGUGGUGGCGGCGCCCGGGCGGCAGCGGCAGCGGCAGCGGCAGCAGCAGCCCUGAGGAGGGUGAGACGGCCGCCGUGGCGGCAGCUCGGAAGUCGGGCGGGACCGAGAGCUUCCCGCCUGCCGCUGGCGCUGAGGCUUUUUUUGCCUUUUCUUAGCCUGCUGCUUCCUCACGGCCCUGGCUAGGGCUGGGCAGCGCGCCCCCGGGGAGGGGCGGAGCUGUAGAUAUGGUGUAAGGUAUUUCUUCAAGACUGGACAGCUGAAGACCUGUUACUUUUGAAUAGCCUUAAGCAGACUUACAGCCGUCAAGAAACCUCACGGAAUUUCAUAUUUUGCUUUCUGCUUUACAUCUUUCUUGGCACUGAAGUUCAUCUUGCAACCAUGUAUGGAAGUGCUCGCUCAGUUGGGAAGGUGGAACCGAGCAACCAGAGCCCUGGGCGUUCACCUAGGCUUCCACGUUCCCCUCGCUUGGGUCAUCGUCGAACCAAUAGUACAGGAGGGAGUUCUGGAAGCAGUGUUGGAGGUGGCAGUGGGAAAACCCUUUCAAUGGAGAAUAUCCAAUCCUUAAAUGCUGCCUAUGCCACAUCUGGCCCUAUGUACCUAAGUGACCAUGAAAAUAUGGGUUCAGAAACACCUAAAAGCACCAUGACGCUUGGCCGUUCUGGGGGACGUCUGCCGUAUGGUGUCAGGAUGACUGCUAUGGGCAGUAGCCCCAAUAUAGCUAGCAGUGGGGUUGCUAGUGACACCAUAGCAUUUGGAGAGCAUCACCUCCCUCCUGUGAGUAUGGCAUCCACUGUUCCUCAUUCUCUUCGUCAGGCAAGAGAUAAUACGAUCAUGGAUCUGCAGACACAGCUGAAAGAAGUAUUAAGAGAAAAUGAUCUCUUGCGGAAGGAUGUGGAAGUGAAGGAGAGCAAAUUAAGUUCUUCAAUGAAUAGCAUCAAGACUUUCUGGAGCCCAGAGCUGAAGAAAGAACGAGCCCUGAGAAAAGAUGAAGCUUCCAAAAUCACUAUUUGGAAGGAACAGUAUAGAGUUGUGCAGGAGGAAAACCAGCACAUGCAGAUGACAAUCCAAGCUCUCCAGGAUGAACUGCGGAUCCAAAGGGACCUGAACCAGCUGUUUCAGCAAGAUAGUAACAGUAGGACUGGUGAACCCUGUGUGGCAGAGCUGACGGAGGAGAACUUUCAGAGGCUACACGCUGAGCAUGAGCGGCAGGCCAAAGAGCUGUUCCUUCUUCGAAAGACUUUGGAGGAAAUGGAGCUACGUAUUGAGACUCAGAAGCAAACCUUAAAUGCUCGGGAUGAAUCCAUCAAGAAACUUUUGGAGAUGUUGCAGAGCAAAGGACUUUCUGCUAAGGCUACUGAAGAAGACCAUGAGAGAACAAGACGACUGGCAGAGGCAGAGAUGCACGUCCACCAUCUAGAAAGCCUUUUGGAGCAGAAGGAAAAAGAGAACAGUAUGCUGAGAGAGGAGAUGCAUCGGAGAUUUGAGAACGCUCCUGAUUCUGCCAAAACAAAAGCUCUGCAGACUGUUAUUGAAAUGAAGGAUUCAAAAAUUUCCUCUAUGGAGCGUGGGCUCCGAGACUUGGAAGAGGAAAUUCAGAUGCUGAAAUCAAAUGGGGCCUUGAGUACUGAAGAGCGGGAGGAAGAAAUGAAACAAAUGGAGGUCUAUCGGAGCCAUUCUAAAUUUAUGAAAAAUAAGGUAGAGCAACUGAAGGAGGAACUAAGUUCGAAAGAGGCUCAAGGGGAGGAGCUGAAAAAGAGAGCGGCUGGUCUUCAGGCUGAGGUCUUUGCCAUUGGUCAGGUGAAGCAGGAACUGUCCAGAAAGGACACAGAACUACUAGCCCUACAGACAAAGCUAGAAACACUCACAAACCAGUUCUCAGACAGUAAGCAACACAUUGAAGUGCUGAAGGAGUCCUUGACUGCUAAAGAACAACGGGCUGCCAUCCUGCAGACCGAGGUGGAUGCUCUCCGAUUGCGUUUGGAAGAGAAGGAAACCAUGUUGAAUAAGAAGACAAAACAAAUUCAGGAUAUGGCUGAGGAGAAGGGGACACAAGCUGGAGAGAUACAUGACCUCAAGGACAUGCUGGAUGUCAAAGAAAGGAAGGUUAAUGUUCUUCAGAAGAAGAUUGAAAAUCUUCAAGAGCAACUUAGAGAUAAGGAGAAGCAAAUGAGCAGCUUAAAAGAACGAGUCAAAUCCUUGCAGGCUGACACUACCAACACCGACACUGCCUUGACAACUUUGGAGGAGGCCCUUGCAGAGAAAGAGCGGACAAUUGAACGCUUAAAGGAGCAGCGGGACAGAGAUGAACGAGAGAAGCAAGAGGAAAUUGAUAACUACAAAAAAGAUCUUAAAGACUUGAAAGAAAAAGUCAGCUUAUUGCAAGGCGACCUCUCAGAAAAAGAGGCUUCCCUCUUGGAUCUGAAAGAGCAUGCUUCUUCCCUGGCUUCCUCAGGACUGAAAAAGGACUCAAGGCUUAAGACACUUGAGAUUGCUUUGGAACAGAAGAAGGAGGAGUGUCUGAAAAUGGAAUCACAAUUGAAAAAGGCACAUGAGGCAACAUUGGAAGCCAGAGCCAGUCCAGAGAUGAGUGACCGAAUACAGCAAUUGGAGAGAGAGAUUGCCAGGUACAAAGAUGAAUCUAGCAAGGCCCAGGCAGAAGUUGACCGCCUCUUGGAAAUCUUGAAGGAAGUGGAAAAUGAGAAGAAUGACAAAGAUAAGAAGAUUGCGGAAUUGGAAAGUCUCACCUCAAGGCAAGUGAAAGACCAGAAUAAGAAGGUAGCAAAUCUGAAGCACAAGGAACAGGUGGAAAAGAAGAAGAGCGCACAGAUGCUUGAGGAGGCUCGACGAAGGGAGGACAAUCUCAAUGACAGCUCCCAGCAACUACAGGACAGUCUCCGUAAGAAGGAUGACAGGAUUGAAGAGCUGGAGGAAGCACUAAGAGAAAGUGUACAGAUAACUGCAGAGCGAGAAAUGGUGCUAGCACAAGAGGAGUCAGCCAGGACCAGUGCUGAAAAACAGGUGGAGGAAUUACUGAUGGCCAUGGAGAAAGUGAAACAAGAACUGGAGUCAAUGAAAGCAAAGCUGUCCUCUACUCAACAGUCUCUGGCAGAAAAGGAAACUCAUUUGACCAAUCUUCGGGCAGAAAGAAGGAAACACUUAGAGGAAGUUCUGGAGAUGAAGCAAGAAGCUCUUUUGGCUGCCAUUAGUGAAAAAGAUGCCAACAUAGCUCUUUUGGAGCUUUCAUCCUCUAAGAAAAAGACCCAAGAGGAAGUGGCUGCCCUGAAGCGGGAGAAGGAUCGUCUGGUGCAGCAGCUCAAACAGCAGACACAAAAUCGAAUGAAGCUAAUGGCCGACAACUAUGAGGAUGACCACUUCAAAUCCUCCCAUUCCAAUCAAACCAAUCAUAAACCCUCCCCAGACCAGAUCAUCCAGCCCCUCUUAGAACUUGACCAAAAUAGAAGCAAAUUAAAGUUGUAUAUUGGACACCUGACAGCCCUCUGCCAUGACCGAGACCCCCUGAUCCUUCGUGGACUCACUCCACCAGCUUCCUAUAACUUGGAUGAUGACCAGGCAGCUUGGGAGAAUGAGCUGCAGAAGAUGACCCAGGAACAGCUUCAGAAUGAGUUAGAAAAAGGUGAACGGGACAAUGCAGAGCUGCAGGAGUUUGCCAAUGCCCUUCUCCAGCAGAUAGCAGAUCAUUGCCCCGACAUCCUGGAGCAAGUGGUCAAUGCGCUGGAAGAGUCGUCCUGACCCUGCUUCGUGGGGAGUGGCCAGCCCAGCAGCCUGCUAGAGUAAAUCCAGGAGCCGAGAAUGAAGAGCUGUAAGGAACAGGCACCCAGAAACUUCCUGGCACCCAACAAACACUAUAAAUUCUAUCCUAGCUUGGUUGGUCCUUCAAGUGUGAUUCCAGCAGCCUUUCUACAGCUGACAUCUUAACUCUGCCUUUCUACUUUGGAUAUUGUCUCUACACUAAUUUUCCUGAUGUCCAGGGUGAGUAAGUGGCCAACUUUCCAUGAAGAACUGCCAUCCAGUCAUCAGCAGUGGAGAACUGUGGAAGCUGGUGGUUCUGCCCUUAGAGAGGGACAUGGAGCGGAGAGCCCUUUUUCCUUCCGUCCUUGACAUGAGAACUAAAUCUGGAAUCUCCUUGGAGUUCAACAUAUUGAAAGAAACUUCCCAAUGGACUAGAGAGCUGAGUGUUCUAAUAUCACAACAGGUGCUUUCUCCUAAAAGGGUUAAAAAAAAAUUUCUAAAAAAGAGGGGGGAAAGGAGAACAGGGACAAAGAGAAACUGACUCUUCUUUUUACUGUCUCUUUUGCUUACUUUCACGUGUAAUGUUUUAUGCAGGGGAGCUACAAGCAGGCCUCAUGACGGCUUUGUGAACACUAAUACCCCGAGUUUGGAGUCUUUACCCAGCCCUGUCUGUCUCACUCAUCCUUGCUCUUCUCAACCAGUUAACAAGAGGAUGGUGUGGACAGUUCUCCCCCUGGGUCCCUCUUGCUUAAGACCUUUGACCUUAUUAUACUUAGGUUGUCAGAUCAUAUAGCUGGUUCUGAAAGAGAAGGGUUUGACGUGAGACUCCGCCAUCACCACCUACAGCUCUGCUUCUGUAGAAGAUGACCGUUCCCUGGGAUCAGGCUGGUUUCUCCUAAACAUCUCCUUCGUUGGCACUCUAGGUCCCUGAGCCCCAAAAGAAUGCUUCUGCCUUCCCACCACCCAUGUUCCACACUCUUGCAGCCCAGUGUUUGCUGAAGUUUAUGACCCACCUUCCUCCCUUUUAGCUUUACUCUUGACGUGCACUCCCAGAACCGUAGCCUCGAGCAUUGUCCGGAACCUCCUUCUGGCACAAAUGAAUGUUUCUCAUCCCACAAACAUUCCUUCCUCCAUUCUUUCAUUCAGAGAAUAUUUGUGAAAUGCCUACCGUGUGCAAGUCACUGUUGGGUACCCAUCCUUGACAAAAGUCUCUUUUCAGUGAGGGAGAAAAGUGAAGGACUCUAUGAGACAUACCUGGUUGAGUCAAAGCAGUCAAAGGCAUACCCUUCCNGGAUUCCCCUCCCCCCCCCCCCCGCUCCUUCUAUCGCAGUAGAAAUUAUCUUUUCCAGAUAAAUCUUUCUCAUUAUAGUGGAAUUAGUGAGUUCAGGGGGCAGGAGGCUGAGUCACUUACUUGCCUGUGGGCUCUUAUUUGGUGGCUCAGGACUUUAGUUGUUGUUACCCCGCAGGAGCGUAGUGUUGAGGAGGCUACAGGAGUGGAUGGUGUUUUCCUGAGCACCACAUGGAACCUGGCCAGCUCCGUGUCGCAGAUCAGAAAAUGGACCCUAAAGCUGCAAAUCCAGUUGAAGGUAUUGGUAUUUUGAAGGGCAUUCUUCCCAAGCUUAGACAAUGGCAGUCAUAAAUAAUCAGGCAAGAAAGAGACCACUUAACCCAAAUCUAGCCCUUUGACCACCUCUCCAGCCAGACGUCCACCAGACACUCACAUCUUCUGAUAAGAGUUGCUGGGCUAAAUGUUUUUGUCUUGCAUUUCCCUCUUUCCCCCUCCCCGGUUACUCACCCAGAGAAUCUGAUGCUGCCUGGAAAGUCACCACGGCCAUCAGUCUGGUAUCUUCCCACCAGGAGCCCUUGACUGUCCCAUUAACUUAUAUGGUCAUAUCUCCAGCUGCCCUAAUUCCCUGCUGUAAAACAGUCUCUCCUGUGAGAAAGUGUAGAAUGUUUCCUAUCAAAGGUUUAAAUGGACUCUGCUCGUAAACUUCUUACUGAGAUGCUUCCUGAUAGCCCAGCCAGCCAGCAGCGGGCGAGGUGGGAGAUGGGGGGGUUAGAUAGGUAGUGGUCAGUCACCUCAAUUCCAUGUAUUUCUUGCACUGCCCAUAAAUCAUGUAGAAAGCCCCAGUAUUUUAGGCCUGGAGUAUUAGACUCUCACUUUAUCUACCAUAAUGCAAAGAACUGAGGGAUGAGGACACCCUUGACAGGACUCCUGCAGAAGAGAGCAGGGAGGAGCAGAGGCCAUGCCCAGAGAAGUGGCCUGGCCCCGGCUGCUGCUCUCCAGCAGGUUCGGUGGGGUUGAGGGACAGCAAGCAGAACUGUCUCCCCAGGUCCUGCUCAUUCUGUCUCUGCUCUCAAAUACAGUACCUGCCACGCUUGCCCACUGGGUGUGUGAUUCUCACUGCACCUCCUUUCUUCCCUUUUUCAUUUCAACCCUUCCUGUUGCUUCCCCUCCAAAACCUUAUGGAAGUCCUCUGAACAAGUGCUUCUGAGAAGAAAAAUUUCUGGGCAAACAUCAUCUCUCUGGUCUCUGAAUCUCCUUGAUUCCUCAUGGGUGGUCAUCCUAGCACCUCAAAUGGUUCUGGGGACAGUUUGGUUCUAGAUGAGAGUAAUUUCUGGCUAAACUUUAAUAGCAGACAUGACCUGACUUUCUAUUACAAGGGAAAAAUUAAUAGUGCCUAGCACUUAGAGUAUCUUACUGAGUUGAGAUCAGUCGUUGAGCCAACUUUUACUAAAUGUGCAGUUCCCAUCACACAGACUUAUCAUUGCACGCCAUUCUUCUGGUGUUUGUGGUUUCACAAACUCACUGCAGUUGCCUGUUAGAUUCACCACAUUCAUCCAUCCCACUGGCAAGCCUAGUUCCCCUUAGCACCUAAAGAUCUAUACCCCAAAUCAGGGUCAUCAUAAAAGGGGACAGGAAGAGGAAGAGUGGGUGGAAUCCAAUGUGGGGCUCAUGGCUGCAGAAAUACAAUGUGAUUUUUCUCAUCUUUUCAUAUACCUCUAUCCCAGGUACUCAUUGAGUUCUUGAUGAAGUAUCUGAAUUGAGAUUUACAAGGACUUGGAUACCAUUUGAAAUGGGAAAGAUUUUAAAUGGGCUUUAAUAUAUUAAGAAAUAUGAAUGGGAACCCCCAAAAUCCAUCUCAGCUCUAACCUUUAUCGGGUACCUUAUAGUCUGACAAAGAGCUAAGUGCUUCUGUCUCUUCCUUACACUUGAUCUUUAGAAAUGCUAGUAAAGUAGAGGGGACCCAAGACUGCCUUCAGGGUCGAUAGCGGCAGUGUGAAUUGGCACUUUUUGUCAAUAAUUAAGUCUGUUUGGUUUUCCAUGAGGAGCUCGUUGGCUCACCCACUCCUCAGAGAGAAGAAGAGGAAGUCAUCACAAAGUUUUAGUCAACUGCUGAGCUAAUCCCUCCCCUGUGACGUUCAGGAUUGGCAUUUGGAUUUGCUGCUAGAGAGUCCUGCUGACCCCAGAACCCUCCUGCCCUCCCUUUGACCCCAGUAGUGAAGCACAGGCCCACUGGCUCCUCUUGGGGGUUCUGAGGAAAGAGCAAAUCAAGGAAUAUGGUGCCACAUAGAAUGUGACCUUCCUGAGUCACAGUGGGCCCGUGUCCGUGAUAUCAGUAACUUCUGUGUCUGCCUCCCGAGCCUCACCUCCCACCCGCAAGAGUUCAGAGCUGUGGAAAAGCAGAUGAGGACAGCGUAGACACAGCAGGGCCUGCUGCCCUUUGCCGAGCCUGCAAGGCCAGCCCAUCCAUCACUGCCAGUCCCUGGACUUCUCAGGACAGUGACUUGAACCGGUCAAAGAAGUGUUUUAAAAGGAAUCUGGAGUUUUCCCCACAUGGACUAAGGGAAUGUCUGGGCAAGAAAAAACACACACGCAGGGAAAUCCUUCUGAACAAAAUGGCUGUCUUUACUUACUCUUUUUAAGCAAAAACUGUUUCCAUACUUUUUAGUGUCAAAACAGUAACCAAGUGUCUCCUGAUUUUUUCCAAUGUGUUUGGCGAGUGCUGUGACCCUCUUGUAGGUAUUUCUCCUCCUGACUCUUUUGGGGGAAAGGUGGUUUUAGGGAUUGAUUUGGGGGGAGCGGAUUUUUGUCCCAUCCCACCUCCUCUUUUGCUUCUCUGCUUGUCGAUAUUGUCUGUGUGGUUCAGAGCAUUGGGGCAGUUACAUUGUGUCCAUUGUUGACAUUAUUAAGAUAUUAAAAAGUAGUUUGUAGAACUGAAAAGUUAAAGAGCUGUGUUUUAAGAAAUGCAAAAUGAUAUCAUGUUAAUAAAGGAAUUCAAGCUAUGGGGCAGCCGAACUCCUCCCCCUCCUCCCAAGUUGGCCAAGGUGGCAGCUGGGCUGGCCGCCCUCCAGGUAGGUGAGUGCCUGUGUGAAGGAGACAACUGCUGAGUAAAAGGAAUUGGGAUCCAGGGCUCAGAGAGUCCCACUUGUGCCAGAGAUCGCCUCUACAUCCUCGGGACCUCUGGGUAGAGGUUUCAAAGUUUGUGACCCCAUAACCACCCUCAAACCCACCUUGGUCCCAACUCAGUGUGCCUAAUACUGUGUGGUAACCCGGGCUUGGCUCUGCAGCCCCACAGCGGGCGGCAGCCCUAUGCGGGCCGCAGAUGCUCUCUCCUGCCCACUUGGUGCUAUAUCAUCCAGUGACCCGACCGGCACGGCCAAGCGCUGGCCAGCCUGGAGCCCACCAUCCAGGUGGAUGAAUUGUACUCAGAUCUCAGUUCCUUCUGGCUUCAGGCACCAGAUUCUUUCCUUUAAGCUUUUUAGGCCCUACAUCUCCCAGCCCCAGGCUGUCUCUCUUGGCCCCGGAGAUGCCAUGGUCAGGAAAGGACGGGAUCCCUGCCGAAGCCAGAGAAUUCACCCCAGGCCAGCACCAGCGCUCUGAGCCCAGCCCUUCUUUCCACGCCACACCAGUAUCGCGUUCUUGCUCUGACGCAGCUAGACCUACCUGAGGGCAACCCCAACCCAUUCUGGCUGGCCUGCCCACGAGGGACCUGUCCACUCCCCCGGGGCCUUGCGGAGCACACCGGGCUGUCCAGGAUGGAGACCAGCCGUCUCCCUGGGAUCUGCUCCCCUCUGCCUCGGAAGACAAGUGCUGCGCUUUAGUGAGGGGGGCUGAGGGGCCCUGGGCGCGGACUCCUUCUAGCUUGAGUUCCUUGUGGUGACAGCAGCAGCCGCAAUGAUGGUGUCUGUGAUGCAAAUGCACCCGCUGCCUUCAACUGUGUGUGCGCGCGCGUGUGUGUGUGUGUGUGUGUGUGUGAGACGGCUGGAGUCGUGUUACUGACAGGUUAAUGACAUUACAAAAAAAUUGUGUUACAGUCAACUUUGCCUUGAUAAUUAUUGUAAACACUUUGUCCAUUUUUUUCUUUUUUAUUCACAAACUAAAUCCAUCGGGAAAUUAUAAAGUUAUUUAAAAAUUC